UUAGGGUUCUUUCAUCCUUACUGGUAACUUGAACCGAGAAAGUACAAUAUUGGUAUAUAAAUGUUCAUAUGUCAUUUCAUUAUUGUAAAUAGUAAUGCCGGAGGCGGCGGUGAACGUGUAUUAUGGACAGCCAUUCGCGACGUGCAGAAAAAGUAUCCGAACGUGAUCUCUGUAGUAUAUACCGGCGAUGUGGACGCGACAAACGAGCAAAUUCUGCAAAAAGUGAAAGCCCGAUUCAACAUUGAUUUGAAUCCUCGUAAGCUGGCUUUUAUGUAUCUUACCAAACGAUAUCUCGUCGAAGACAGUAGAUAUCCGAGAUUUACUUUGCUAUUCCAAAGCUUGUCGUCGACCAUACUAGCUUAUGAAGCCUUGUCUAAGUGUAUUCCAGAUAUCUUCUUUGAUACUAUGGGUUAUGGAUUCACAUAUCCUUUGGUGCGAGCAUUUACUGAUUGCAAAAUUGCUGCCUAUGUACACUACCCCACUAUCAGUUCUGACAUGCUACAACGUGUAUACGAGCGUCGAGAACAAUAUAAUAACAGCAGACAGUUAUCACUAAGUACUAUAUGGAGUACCGGAAAGCUUGUAUACUAUCACAUAUUUGCAAAAAUGUAUGGCUUUUGCGGAUCGUUCGCUGAAACGGUGAUGGUGAAUUCGACAUGGACAAAAGGACAUAUUGAUCGCUUAUGGCAUACCACUGCCAAUAUCGUUUACCCUCCAUGCGAUACACACCGCUUGGGACAGCUGCCGUUGGGAAAACGUAAAACAAGAAUCGUCAGCGUCGCACAGUUUCGCCCUGAGAAGGACCAUUUAAUGCAGCUUCGAGCCAUGGCACGCAUGCUAGAAAAAUAUCCACAGUGGGAAAGCUCAUCUGCGGAGCUGGUGAUGAUCGGAAGCUCUCGGAACGCGGGAGACGAAGAGAGGAUAGAAAACCUGAGAAAAGAAAGUGUUCAACUGGGUAUUCAGAACCGUGUGCGAUUCGAAAUCAAUGUUUCCUUCGAUGACCUGGUGUCACAGUUUAGCGAAGCCAAGGUUGGCUUACAUACGAUGUGGAAUGAACAUUUUGGUAUCGGUGUGGUGGAAUACAUGGCAGCAGGAUUAAUCCCCGUGGCCCAUAAUUCGGCUGGCCCUAAAAUGGAUAUUGUUGUUCCUGUGAAUGGGCAGGCUACAGGAUACCUGGCAGAUUCUGUGGACACGUUUGCUGAUCGCUUGAACGACGCAUUAUCAUUGUCUGAAAAUGAAUACCAUACCAUGGCAACCGCCGGUCGUGCUGCUGCUUCCCAAAAGUUCUCUGAAGAGGCGUUUAGCCGUCGCUUUUUAGAUGCUCUCCGUCCACUAUUGUCGAAAUCCUAAUCAUUUACAAUAAAAAUCGAGGAAUGGGGGUGUCUAAGUUUUUA